CACACUUUUUGUUGACAUAGAGGGUUUUCCUGUAAGCUAUGAGAAUUACUUAAAUUCAUUUAAAGCGAGGGGUGAGAUUGGAGAUGAAGUGAUGAACUCAUUUAUUCAAGUUCUUAACUACGAAUCAAAGAUGUCAUCUAAAGUAAAGCCUUAUGUCAAGAAGUACUGUUUCACUUUGUACUUCACUAAUAAAUUGUUGGUUCCCCUUGAGUUAUUUGAUCCAGUUACGUGCAUACGAGAAUUUGAUAGGAUUAAUUCAGAAGAAAGCCUCUGGAAACAAGACUUGUUAUACUUCCCUACUAUAAAAUCAAACCACUGGGUUAUACUUUCCAUCAACUCUCUCUUCGAGAGAUCUCACUUUUUUGAUCCCUGUGGCACUAUUCUGGGAACUACCCAAGAAGAACUUGUCUACAACUUGUGUUUUGAAGGAAAAGGAUAUCAAACGGAGUCCAAACGGAAUGAAACCUUCGGGAACGUGAUUUUUGGAACAAACGUGAUCCAGAGGACUUGGACACUGGCGGAAGGGGAGGCGUUCGACGAUACCGAGGAAAUCGGUUCCCGCGCCGGGCAGGCCUUCGAAGAGGAAGGAAAAAGGUUCGCCGAACUGUGUCUGGAGGUCCGGCUGGCGACGCUCCCGACAACCAAGAUUUAG